AUGACAUUGCCAAGGUUCAUCGUUCUCAAAGCCCCCGAUGCUGAAAAGUACCUCCGCUACAGACCCGGCAAUGGCAUCUACAAGGGCUACGCCACGUUCACCGAAAAGAUGGCUGUGAGCGCAGAUGCGAAAUUCGAAGUGGAGUUCGCUAAAAAUGGGCUGGUGCACAUAAGGAGCUGCACCAAAAACAAAUAUUUGAAACGAACUCAUAACCCUUCCAUCACCAGAAGAGAAGAUGAGGAGUACUGGAUUACUAUAACCGCCGAUAAGCCGGAAGAAGACACAAAAAAGGAGUCAUGCACAUUGUUCAAGCCUAUCUUGGAAGACUCUUUACAUGGAAAUUAUCGAUUUGUCCAUGUUCAAUCUGGACACUAUUUAUGCUUAUGGCCAUUGGCUACAGGGUAUCUCAACCGUGGCGUGUUGGCAAACCCCAAUCGUGCUGCAGAUAAUCAGAAUGAUAUCUUCGAAGUUAUUGAUUGGGAGUCGUUGGUGAUUCUGCCUAAGUUCGUUGCUUUCAAAGGAAAAAAUAAUAUGUUCCUUGGUCUUACUGAAGCUGGGGAACAGCGUUUAAAAUUCUCGUGCGGGGAUGUUGGUGAUCACCAUGUGACAAUGGAGGUUUUCUAUAGGAACAAUGGUGACAUCCGGAUCAAGCCGGUUUCUUCCGAUAGGUUCUGGAGGAGUAGCCCGAAUCGUAUUCGGGUGGAUUCUGAUGAAAACAAAUGUAAGGAUAAGGACACUCAUUUUCGUGCCUUCAAAGUCGACGGUAAGACCAUAGCUCUCCGCAACGUCGGCAACGAAAAGUUCUGCGACUUGAAGGAAACGUCCGGUGACCUUGCUGCAACCGUCCCUUCGAUUACUAAAGAAACCUACCUAUGUGUUCUAGAGCCUGUGUUGUCCAGGACAAUUUAUAACCUCCGAUACGACACAGAAAAUGCUCGGGUCUAUAAUGAAAAGGUCCUUGUUGUGGCCCAGAAUUCCGCCACUAACCGUACCACCCAAGCCAAGACACUCGAUGUGAAACUUUCCUAUAGUGAGACCAAUACCAGUACUUGGCUAGCUCAUUUUACACUAGGUCUUGAAACCAAAGCCACCUUCCAAGUCGGGGUUCCAUUCAUCGGUGAAACAGGUGUCGAAAUAUCUUCCAAAUACGAAACAGGAAUCAAGUGGGGAAAGACCAAGACGAUGACCACCGACAAGGAAGUUACGCACCAAGUUAGUGUGCCGCCCAUGACUAAGGUGACGGUGUAUCUUAAGAUGACCUAUGGCACGUGCGACGUUCCCUUCGUGUUCACUCAAAAAGACACUCUUUAUAAUGGGACCUUCGUUGUAACAGAUGUCCUAGGUAACACUUUCACUGGUACUAAUUAUUACAACAUCCAAUGUGAUAGCAAAGAAGAACCCCUCACCUCUGGAAAUCGGAACAUCAACGUAUUUUGUGAAAUAUGUAAAAUAAAAAUUUAA